AUGUCGUGGGUGAUCAUCAAGAGCUCCUGCAACCUUAAACCAAAUGCUCAAACUAAGACCGGCCGUCUUUCCCUUUCCGAAUUGGACCAAAUUGGAAUCAUAACUCAUGCGCCUGCUAUUUUCUUCUAUAAACCAUCUCUCUCAAAUGGGCAUCAGGAGGCUUUCACUUCCAUUAUCACUACCCUCAAAGACUCCUUGAGCCGAGUGCUGGUGCCGUUUUAUCCACUUGCUGGUCGUGUACACUGGAUUGGCCAUGGCCGCCUUGAGCUUCAUUGCAAUGCCAUGGGUAUCCAGUUUCUUGAAGCCGAAUCUCAAUCAAAACUAGAGGAUUUUGGUGAUUUUUCAGAAUUUUCAAAGUUCAAAAAUCUCAUCCCACAUGUAGACUACACUAUUCCAAUGCAUGAAAUACCUUUAUUGUUUGUGCAAGUUACUAAGUUCCAAUGUGGUGGUUUUAGCAUUUGCUUCCAUGUGUCUCAUGUUGUUAUUGAUGGCCAAAGUGCACUUCAUUUCAUCGCUGAGUGGGCUCGAAUUGCACGUGGUGAGCCAUUAGGCGUACGACCAGUUUUUGAUCGAAAGCUCUUGCGAGCUGGGGAUCCUCCAAUUUCUCAAAAGCUAUUUCAUCAUAAGGAGUUCGAUGAACUACCACUCUUGCUUGGUCAAUCAAAUAAUUAUGAGGAAAGAAGAAAGAAAACAACUGCUUUGAGUCUGAAGCUAACCAAAGCCCAAGUUGAGAUGCUAAAAAACAAGGCCAAUGAGAGGAAAAGCAUGGACAAUGGUGGAGGUUACACCAGAUAUGAGACCUUGGCUGCACAUGUAUGGAGAUCAGCCUGCAAAGCUCGAGAGCACAAACCUGAACAACCAACAGCAAUGGGUAUUUUGAUCGAUGCAAGAAAACGCAUGGAACCACAGUUGCCUGAUAGUUACUUUGGCAAUGCUAUUCAUGAGGUAAUUGCAGUGAGCACCUCCGGUGAGCUUGUAUCAAAACCCUUGGGGUUCGCUUGUGGCAAAAUAAGAGAUGCAAUUCAGAAUUCGACCAGUGAUUACAUGAACUCUGCAAUCGACUUCUGCAAGAAUCAGCAAGAUCUGACUAAGUUUCAAGACAUAUAUACUCUUCGAGGUACUGAUGAAGGGCCUUCUUAUGGAAACCCUAAUCUAUCUCUGGUUAGCUGGUUAACCUUGCCCAUUUACGGUGUUGAUUUUGGGUGCGGAAAGGAAAUUUAUAUGGGGCCAGGAAGUCUUGAUUGUGAUGGGGAUGCGUACCUUAUGCAGAGUCAUGAUUCAGAUGGAUCCUUGGUUCUGGCUAUAUGUUUGCAGGUAGCUCAUAUCAAAGCUUUUCAAAGGUAUUUCUAUGAAGAUAUCAUGUAG